AUGAGCAUGCAGGGUGACCUGCUGUUGCUCCAGGUGCAGCUUGUUGUGACUGUUGUCUCUGAGGUUCUGGUCCUACCUCAGCUCCUUUGCUGGCUACAGUGCCCUUGGUGGCACCCUCCCAAGGGGGUCAUCCCAGGGCUUCUGACCAUGCAGUUUCUUGCUACCAUUGUUCAGGGGCCCCAUCAUUCCAUCUUCGGGGCCUACACAAUCCCUCCCUUCAGGUUCCAGCCUCGCAAUGGGAGCAUGGACUGGAGGCACAUGAGUGUCCUGGAUGUGGACCGUGUGAUACGAGAGCUGGAUGUGGCCACCCUGCAGGAGAACCUCACUGACAUCACCUUCUGCACCUUGGAUGGGGAGGAAUGUAGCCACUGUUUGCAGCCUUUGGACCAGGGGCUGCUUAAUGUGCUGCGCCUAGCUCAGCUCUCCAUUGAGUACCUGAUGCACUGCCAGGACUUCCUGAUGACCAGAGUUACCCUGCUGGAGCUGCACCUGCAAGCCAGCCUGAGGCAGCAGUCACAGAGUCAGCAGCAGCUGGACAGCCAGGCUGAAGAGCUCAGGGGUUUGCGAGAGGAGAGGCACCGGCAACGCCAGAUGAUCAAAGACUUGCAGCAGCUUCUCCGAUGGUCAGGUGGCCAGAGCUACUAUAUGUGCCAUCUGUGUGAGAAGACCUUCCUGAGUGCCUCCUAUCUCUCGAGCCACCUGCAACACAGGCAUGAGGAGAAACAGAAGCAGGAAGAGUCUAUGGAGGAGGUGGUACGAGACCCAGCCCAGCUGACAUCAACUCAAGAGGAGCUGACAGCCCUGUUGAAGAAGCAGAGGCAGCUGCAGGAAGCAAAGACCACCUGUCAGAGGGAAAGAGACGCUAAAGCUAUGUUUGAGGAGUGGAAAGAAGAGCUAUCUGAGGAAAUAUACCAACAAAAAAAAGUAUUUUGGGAUGAGCUGAAAAGUUCUGUCCUCCCUGACUCUCCAUUAGAAGAGACACCAGGGGCCCCGCAGUCCUGUGACGAGAUGUAUUCCAGCCUCGGGUCUCUGCAGGAUGAGGAGUGCGAGGAACUGCUCAGGCAGACACAGGAAUUUGAGGACCUGAGAUUUCUCAAGGAGACGAAAAUUCAGGAAAGUUGA